AUGCAUUUCUUGUGGUUCCUCUGUAAGGACAUCCGUAACAAUAGAGCUGUUCUUUUUGAUGGCAUCGAGGAGGGUGGCAUCAGAGCCUCGGCCUCUUACUCCUCUCAUGAAAUCGAUGAGCAAGAUAAUGAAAGAGCUUUGGAAGGAUUGCAGGAUAGAGUCAGUCUGCUGAAGAGACUGUCCGGUGAUAUAAAUGAAGAGGUGGACAAUCAUAACCUUAUGCUGGACAGAAUGGGCAAUGAUAUGGAUUCUUCCAGGGGAGUGCUGUCAGGAACCAUGGAUCGCUUUAAGACGGUAUUUGAAACCAAAUCAAGCCGUAGAAUGUUUACACUCGUGGCGUCAUUUGUGGUCAUAUUCCUAAUCGUAUACUAUCUCACUAGGCAUGCCAUGCCUGCAUUUGAUCCCAGAUCUUUUCCAACAUGCAAAGCCAUCAGGCCCUGA